UAUGCACCAAGGAUAAGAUAGUUAUGUACAUUAUUAUUCAAUACAUUGUCAGCCCCAUAACAUCACACUUACUCUUUAAAAGGAUGGACUUUAUUCAAAUGCACAGGGGGCAUGAGGACAAAGUGCAUGUCUAUGUGGACUGCCCUUGCAGAAGACACAUCCUGUUGCUACGACCGGAAAAUAAAAGCAACCACACUGUCAAGUAGUCACUUCAUAUGGUGAAUACCACUUCAGCCGUCAGUUUCAAGAUGCCAAAAUGAACUGACAUGUAGUGUCUGCAAGAUGGAGUGGAACGAAUUUCCAUGUGGCAAAUGGACAGAAUCCCAUGUGAGCUCCUGGUUAAAAUCCAUUGGAGUGAAAGAGAAGUACAUUCUGAAACUGUACGAAGAGGAGGUUACAGGACCUGCACUAAUGAGGCUGCAAAGAGAAUAUCUACGUGACACAAUUGAAAUGAAAGGUGGCCAAAUCGAACUUCUGCUAUCUAAUCGUAAUGAUCUAUCAAAGCCACGGCCACAGAAACUAAAAGCAGGCAGUAGCACACAGAGAGAUACCAGAAAUGUUGAAUCCAUUGCUGCAUCCACACAAGAGUCAAAAGACAAUGUUGAGAGUACCUGUGAAACAAGUGAAAAUGAACAAACAUCAAUUGGCGCAUCUUGUUCUCUAAGUAACUUCCGUGUAUUUGAUGAACAUGACAAAGACUUCCGAUAUGUCAAGCACAGAGUGCUUCCACCAGAGACUGGAAUUGAAAACAUGAUUGUUCCAUGCCAUGAAUACAAAUCACUGGAAAUUGCCCACAAAUUAGAACCACUGAAGCUUAGAGUCAAAGUCGCAAGUGAGGUAAUCAGAUUUGCUUGUGGGUGCAUGAACAUGCGGACCAAUGGCACAAUACACUUUGGGGUCAUGGAUAAGAUUAAAGGCAGCUACAAGCAUGGUGAAAUCAUCGGAAUACCAGUUGAAAACCAAAGUGACUUUGUGGAUGCAUUGGACUACAUUGAAAACUGCUUCAAGGAUUUAAACCACCAUUCUGAUGCCAGGAAAUGCAUAAGGAAUCCAAAGUUUAUUGAGGUAAUUGACAAGGGGAGCAGUGGAGGAAACUGGAUCAUUGAAUUUGAUGUUGUCCCAAAGGCAAGAGUGGUGAAAGACCAACUCUACAGUGUUACUAUUCCAAAGUUCAGCGAGAAAACCAACAAAGUAAUCUAUGAGGAGAAAGCACCAUACCACAGAGUAGGGGCCAAUACACCCCGCAUACCUGGUGAAGACUUAGUUCAUUUCAUUCAAGGACUGAAAGAGAAAGAUCUACAGAGGGAGGAGGCAGAGUCUUCUACCAGUCAAACAGCUGCAGACACCAGGGAGGAUCUUGGGAGAAAAUUGUCAAUUCUCUUGACCUGUGGAAAAAAGUACAUGGAUGACACCUUGUCAUUCAUCAUUGUGACAAAUAAGUUUCAAGAAGAACAUCUGAAGACUAUCAACUUCUUAGUGCACAUGAAAAUAUUCUGUGUUUUUGACUUCGAUCCAGACUCCAAAACAUCUGGACUUUGUGGACAAUAUCGUGAGCACCAUGCUGCUAACCUCCACUUUUUGCAUGACUUUGCUAUUGAUCCUGGUCUAAGCACCACUGACUUCAAGAAGAGCUUACAGCUAUUUGAUAGGACAAGCUGGAUAUUCUGCAAUGGGCGGAAUCAUUACCUUGGUGGAGAAGAUCCUUGUGAUGAAAAAACCUGGAUCAGAACAAAGAAAAAACAACUGAAAAGGACUGUCUCUGUCAUCUGCAAUGAAAUCCUUCCUAAAGGUUCAUUUGUAGUGCUUUUCUUGCUCAUGUCUCAGGUCGAACAGCCACUUGUUGAUACAUUUCAUGAAUUCUAUGCAGAAAUGAAUGGCCAUGAGGAUUUGGCUAUCAUUUCAGAGUCCAAAGAGAACUACAACAAGUGGUCAAGUCUCGCUCAAGCGUCUUGUGAUUUGGAAUCACUGGAACAAAUUAGUAUUGUUGGCAUGCCAAUGAGUCAUGUAGAUGCUACAAUUCAAAGCAUUCAGCUUUCCAAUAAACAACUGACCCGACGCUUACCUGUGUUCAACAAAGGUCUGUGCUUCCUGAAGCCUAUAGAUGAAGACACAAUGCUUUCUCUGGACAUAGUCAGUACUGAUCAGUGUGAAGAAACAAACUUGGAUGUAAUGGGCAAUGACCAAGUCAGUAACGUUGAGAAGUAUUUCUAUCAAGGAGGGAAAAUCAGCUGGAUGCACUUGUGGCUUGCAGAAAAGGUGAAGUGUGAUGAGGUCAUUCAGAGAGACGCAUACAAAGAAACAACCAAGAUUUUAGAGGCCAUUUUACAGGAUGAUACAACAAAAAGGUCCAUUCAGAGUGUCAACAUAUGUCACCAACCUGGCAGUGGUGGAAGCACAGUCGCACAUCAGAUCCUCUGGAACUGUCGAACCAAACUCCGGUGUGCAGUGGUUAAGCAAUCAUACCAAAUUCAAACUGUAUGCCAGCAUUCAGUACGCCUGCGAGAAUAUGAAGAGAAAGACAAAAACCGUUGUCUCCCGGUGCUCUUGCUGCUGGAUGACUGUAAUGCAGAGUAUAUAGAUGAGUUCAGACAUGAAUUACAUAACGGAAUUACAACCAUGAAGAUCAAUUCUUCUGUAUUAUGUUUCAUCCUUCUUGUCUGCAAAAGAUGCCACAACCCAGAAAAGAUGAGCAGAACAAUGCCUUCCCAGACAGUAGCAGUAACACACAAGCUGUCUAGCCAGGAGAAGAUUCUGUUCAAAAAGAAACGUCAGGAACUGAUUUUUGAACCAGAGUCCAUUCUUGCUUUUGUACUCAUGAGUGAGGAAUACCAAAAGAGUUACAUUGAGGACUUUGUGAAGAACCUACUGGAGGAUAUUGACCACUCAUCUCUCACCACUCGCCUUAUCAGAUUUGUGGCCUUGCUGAACUGUUAUGUUGCGAACUCCAGCAUAUCUGUGUCACAUUGUGAGGCCUCCCUGGGCUUAGGUAUUCAAAUGGAUCGUUUCCGUUACCAUACAUUUGUGAAUUCUCUAAGUGAACAAGCUAAACUUGUUUUCAUACACCUAAGAGAAAGUACAACACAAAUCUCAUCUAUUAGAAUCCAUCCUCUUGUAGCAAAGGAAAUUCUGAAACAGCUGUCUGCCAUUCAGUCUCAAAGCUCUAUCGCAAAGAAUCUUCUCUCAGAUAAGGUGCUGAUGGAUCAUAGGUUUGGUAGGGAUGAAUUUUUAAAGUUUAUCCGAGAUCUGCUCAUCAGACGAAACAAAAUAAGCAGAGGAGAUCCCGACGACAGUUCUUUCUCUCCUUUAAUUGAGCAUGUCUGUACAGAGAAAGAUGGCCUUCAAAAAGCAAUUAAACUUUUAGAAGUAGCCUACACUUACUUUGGAAAGAAUGCAUUUGUAGCCCAGCAGCUUGCACGACUGCUUUACACAAACAAAUUAUUCAUUGAAGCCCAGCACUGGGCGGAGGAAGCAAAAGCACAGCUUCCACAUGACACUUUCAUCCUUGAUACGGAGGGGCAGGUGUACAAGAAGUGGUUUUAUGAACAGCAUGAUGCUCUGGAGAAAGCUGAACUAAGGCCCGAAGAGGUCUCUGAAGCCAUUGGUACAGCUCUGAAAGGAAUUGCUGCCUUCCGUGCCUCUGAAAAAGCUCCGAAAUCAGAGACAGUCAGUCUCAACAACUCCUACUUUGGGGAAGUAGACGUUGGAUGUCGGCUACUUCAACUCAUAUCAUCAGUGAAUGUUUUCUCAACAAAAGAAGGAAAGUCUGAACUAAUGAGGUAUUUACUCAGUGACAACAUACCAGACGCUGUCAAAAAACCCUGGAUGAAGUUCCAUGGUCAGUUAAAAGGAAUGCAGAAGAGUAUUUACAUUGCUCUUGAGUGCAUUUCUGAAGAUCUCAGUUACUAUCGUACAGAUAUAAGUGAGGAAGAAGAGGAGCUUGACACAAGAGAACCUGAACAAGUGAGCAAUCCAAGAAAAUGGCUUACAAGGAAAAGUGCUGUUUAUGCUGGAUUUUUCUGUAAUGUUGUUUCACAUUUAGACAGUCCAGUGUCUGACUGCAGUGACACUGGAAUGGUCUCUCCACUCAAAAGAAAAAUGAACAUUUACCAGCUGGGUGGUGGUAAUGUCACAACCAUACUGUCCCUGCUCUCAGAUCAGAAGAAUGAGAGAUGUGGCAAAAAGCUAGAGGAGAUAAUUGCCAUGUAUCCAGAGAACCCCCAAAAGAAUGACCUUGACCAAACAGAACUGAUCAACUUCAUUUUCUCUCAAAUAGCUCUUGCUUGUGUUUUACCUGGUUCUUCAAAGCUGGUUGCGCUUACGAAACUUCAAGAUCUGAGCAUGAGAUUUUACAGGGAAGGCAGCAGGUCAGCAAGUGCCUUCUUUUUGCUUUCAAUCUUAUUCUGGCCAGAGGAUCCAAGUGACAACCGUUGGAAGGAAGCUAGCUCUGCAAAAAAUGAAAAAGUCUUAAUCUCAGCAAUUGACGACCUUCAAAGACUAUGUAUGCUCAAAACAAAACCACGGAAAGGGAGAAUAGUGACUCACUUCUUUUUUGGAAAGGCAAGGGGUCUGUACAAGAUUGUUCAUCGAAGUGCAAUCGAAAAGCACGUAAAGGGAACUCUCACAGAGAGAAGGCUCAAGUGGAGAGGUGGAGAGGUGUGGACAACCCCUGAGGUGGUGCAAAUGCUGAAACGUGUUGAAGGAUGGACGGAAAACGGGCAACUCUUUGUGCGAGGCACUACCAAGGGAAGCAAGAUCAGAGUCAUCCCCUUGUAUUCUGCCUCGUUACCAAAUGCCAAUGAAAACGUCACUUUUUACCUAGGAUUCUCUUUCGAUGGGGUGGUUGCUUUUGACAUUCAAGUUCUGGAGUAGUAAAGUACACUUCAACUUUAUGUCCAUAUAAGCACAAAAUGUGCUCCCAAAAUGUUUCUACAACAUAGCGAAACGAGAGUAACCAAAUUAAUGUGAUUUACAUUUUCACUACUGUGAAUGGUUAGCAGCUGAUUAUGAGCAAAAUGCAGCAAAGUGUAAAUACAAUGGGAACCCUGGAACACAUACAGUACAUUGUCCAGUUUGAAUAAGCUGCAUUAUGCAAAAGGUAAAGAAUGUUGUGGUACUGUAUGUAUGACAAUGAUGUGGCCGGGUGGGGAGCAUUUGGACAAACUUCAAGGUUGUCCAAAUGCUGAAACUGUUAUGAAUUUUAUGAAUAAUGACUAAAUGAUGUAUACGUAGAACUAUAAUUAACAGAAUUCUUCUACCCGGUCACUGUAUGAUUGUAUGACAUUUAUUAGAAUCAUAAAGCUAAAUCUGAUGUGUGUAGUUCUAGUCAGAAUUAGAACAAGGACAUGUUGUUCCUUUUUAGUAUGUAAGCAGGGUGCAAGUGUGAAACAAAUGAGAAGAGGAGCUAUCGACAGACAAGCUGUACUACUGUGUUGCUUACAGGACAUUCUGUCCCCACCCAGGGAGGGGAGAGACCUUUGGCUUGUAGUAGAUUGUAUAACAGGGGGCAGACAAUGUAUGAGUAGGAGAAGACUUGUGAACUAUAUUGUCAUUGUUUCUGAGAGGAGGAGGGACAUUUAUGACGAAAUGUGAGGUAUAUAGACCAAUGUACAGGAAAUGAUAGGCAGAGCUCUCGUAAAUAAACCUGCUGACUAAUUA